AUGGCUACCAAGGGCGAGCACGAGAAGCCAGAGACGUUCAACGACGAGCACCAGCCGAUUGUCAAAAAGGUGCGGCUCGAUGUGGACGCCAAGGUCACCGAGGACGUCAAAAAGGUCAAAAUCGACGACAGUGCUGCUCCACAACCUGAAGUUGGCGGCCACGAGACUGCAGUGAAGAAGGACACGUUGUUGACGACGUCACCCGUGAUAGAUAAGGAGGCAGACGCAGAACCUGCCAAUGAAAUUGAUGAUGUCACAGGAGCCAAUGGUCACGCCAGCAGCAGCAGCAGUGCUUUUAGCGGCUUUAGUGCUUUUCGGGGCACUGAUGCUGUAGCACAGGUCACAUCCCCCGCCCGGAUCCAGGAAUCGGACGAUAUAACGUCGUGCUCCGUGGCGAAAGAAAGAACGGAAAAGACUGCAGACCAAGCGGUGGAAGAAGCUGAGAAAGUGACGUUCUUGCCGGUGGCGUCAAUUGCAAAAAUGAGUAGCUCGAGCGGCUUUGCGUCGUUUCAGAGCAACUCUUCCGCGACGUUUGCGUCAUUUGCUGCAGUGCAGUCGACGACAGAGGGAUUUGGCGAGAAAGCGUCAGCAUCGUUGUCGACUGAUUUUCUACCGGAUGCAGACGCGGUGAAGAAGCCGAACUUUGUUGUACCGGCGCUUUCCGAAGCCGAGCUAGCAAACGGGGAAGAAGAGGAGCAGUUGUUGGUCGAGAAACGCAUCAAGCUGUUUAAGUUGGUGGAGAAGGACUACGCAGAAGUCGGCGUUGGCCCACUGCGAGUGCUGAACAUGAAGGAUGCAAAGGCUGACACGGACAGACACACAGCACGACUCGUGAUGCGGCGCGAGUCGUACCCGCACGGACCUGGCACGAAGUUGCUGAUUAACACAAGUUUGCGCUCUUGUUUAUUGUGCGAGAAGAAGACAGAGAAGACGAUGCUUUUGACAGUUUUGGAGGAGACAAGGGAGGAGCUGGAAGCGGAGAAGCGAGUCGUUCCAGUGACUUACCUCAUGCGGUUCGAGUCGCCGGACGAUUUAGACGUUGUGAGUUCGCGGAUCCAGACACACUUGCUCUUGCCGGCAGCAGCAGCAGCCGCGUCGUUGAAUUGA